UGCUAUAUUUUAUGUGCAUGGAUAUUCUUGUCAUUUUAAAAGCGUUUAUAGUGACAGUGUGCGGAUGUUACACUCGGUAUAAAAAUAAUAUAAUGUUAGUAUUAUGGAAAUAAAUAACGUAUUUUGCCCAGAUUAUUGCCGCAGCAUAGAUAUUUUUGUGUUAUUGCAGAUACCUAACGAAGACAUCCUUACAGCUAGAACACAUUAUCCUAUAACAGGACUUGAUUGCACAGCUGAUAUCUCGUGUGUGACAUACCAGGAAUGAAGAGAAAAUUAUGCGUUUGGUGUCUGGUUGUCGCAGUGAUUGUAUCUAUUUACAUGUUGGCACAGCAGGUUAAUAUAACCAUGAGCACUGCGAUAUAUUUUUCCAGUCAGCUUGAAGAGGUUCGGCACAUAGGUUUCCUAAAGGUACACAAAGCUGCUAGUUCCACAAUGCAAAACAUUUUUUUUCGGUUCGGCUUAAAGCGUAACUUAACGUUUGUGUUUACAAAUCAUCCGAAUUAUUUCUCGAGAACGGUGUCACAGCACCUUCCUCUGAAAAUGCCAAGGUUCCGAGGCGACCAUGACAUCCUGUGUACACAUGGCAUUUUUAACAUACAGACCUAUGGAAGCGUACUUCCGAAGGAUGCGACGUACAUUGCAAUUGUGCGAGAACCGCUCGAACAAUUUGUGUCUUCUAUCAACUAUUAUUCUCAGCCAUCCUCGCAGCUCCCAUACAUAUCGGCAAUCCCUGGAAAUAAACUAACUGCACUCAUACGUAAUCCAAAAUUCGACAAAGGAUUUUUUUCAUACACUAACAACAGUAUGGCAAGAGACUUUGGAAUAUCUAGUUCAACCAAUCAGGAAACAAUUUCUGCAAAGUUGACAGAGCUUAAUAGCAUUUUCAAAUUGGUUUUGUUGGUUGAAUAUUUUGAAGAAUCUUUGAUACUUUUGAAACGGUAUUUUAAAUGGAAGCAUGUGGAUAUAUUGUUUAUAUCAAACAAUGUUCACAGCAAGGAAGGCUGGUCAAAAAAAGACCUUACUCCAGAUGAUAUUGCGAAAUUUAAGCAUCGAAAUUGGCUUGACUAUUAUGUGUAUGACCAUUUUUAUGAAGAAUUUUGGCGCAAGUUCCGGUUUGAGUUACUCGAUAUUCAUAUGGAGGUGCUCUAUUUCAAGCGCGUCCUGGAACGUCUUGCGUCCUUCUGUCGUGCGGGGAACGAACGCGUUGAGAGAAGUCUAGAGGUCGAAACAAGUACCUGGGACGCGGGCUUUAGGGUGAACCGUGAAGAAUGCGACCUGAUGUUAAAAAAUGAGCUUGAUUUUAUAUCAGUAUUGCGACAAAAACAGGGAAGUGAGCUCUAAGAAGUUGAAAAUUGCCAUGUAAUUAAUUGUAAGAUAAUAGGUCCAUACGUAUAUUAUAUAAGAGGGACUGAAUAAUAAACAGUUCAUCUUUGUAUUAUUUUUCAAAAUUAUAUUUUACAGGUUUUCAUUAAUAUUUUACAUUGUCAUGGUGUCGCAAAAUAUUAUGACAAUCUGUAAAAAGAGACGUUCAACAUUGUUGUGUUUGAACAAUAAUGGAAGGAAUGUCAGUGGGAACCAGUAGAGUGAUUGUUACAAAAUACUCCGUGCUUUUACAUUACAAGCUGAUACAUACGCGCAAGAAUUAGAUUCAGUGUGUGUUUUCAUGCCUGCGCAUGGGUGUGCUUAUGUAAUAGUAUAUGUGUGUGCGUGAGCAUAAUUGUUUAGUAUGGAUAUUUAUCCUAACAAAAUAAAUAGAACUGAAUUUUUAAGAUAAGAAUUUAGAACUGUGUGCUAAUACAGAUUAUAUGUGAAAAAAUAAAUGAGAUAAAAAAAAACAUUUGACUACAGAAUGUAAUUCCACUGUCGUUGACGUAUGCACUUGAAUUUGAACAAUGUA